AUGGCCCUUGCUAAUCCGAAUACUUCUCACCACUCAACUCCCAGCGGUCCCCUUACCAAGUUCACCAAGCCCCGGAAUUUCCAAUUGAGCUUCGUACCAAGAUCUGGAAGCUCUGCUUGCCCGCAGAUCGGAUUCUUGAAGUCAUCUGGGAUGGUUCGGAGCAAAGUUAAGAGAAAUCAUCUCACUUCCGUUACCGUUUUGCCCCGCGAUCAGGUCAGCAUACUUCCUCGUUGGAUUUGCCCAACGCUUGUCAAGCUGCAGCAAAAGAUCCUGAAGCAAGAUUACCCCACGCAGAAUCGUCGUAAGAUCGGUCUUUACGGCAAGGAAGGUGGCAUCGCAAAGGCUAAGAAGCUCAUCCAAAAGCAAUUGGACUUCCUUUCUGGUGAUGACUGGGUCCCUCCUCCAAAUCCGCUUAUCAGACCCGGCUUCAAGCUGGGAAAUAACCUGGACCUCAAGCUCUACAAUCCCCAUCGCUCAGCUUCCAAGUACCGAGCGAGCCUCGUCUUUUAUUUUUUCUCUCACACUCGCUCAGUCGUUGGACCGCAAUUUCGAGGUUGUGUUUCAUCUGGUGGAAAAUUGUGCAGGGAGCCUUACUUUAGUUCUUUCUUGCGUCUUCUCCCGGUAUCUCUGUGGUCCGGCGAACAAAUUUCGGGAUGUGGAUAA